GGCUGGCAGGUGAAAGCUUAAAAACUUGAUUCUCCAAAAAAGUACAUUACAAAAAGACCCAUGAAACCAUUAAAAAAUGAUAUGAUCGUUAAUUGCUAACAUGGGAUUUGAAAUUAACAGGUUUCAAGGAACAGUAGAUGAAGAACUUGUAUGCCCUAUAUGUUCAGGUGUUCUGGAAGACCCCAUUCAGGCUUUAGUUUGUGAACAUGCAUUUUGUAAGGCAUGUAUAACAGAAUGGAUAUCCAGACAGCCCACUUGUCCAGUUGACAGACAGAUUGUGACUUCACCACAGUUGCGCCCAGUGCCAAGAAUCAUUAGAAACUUACUUUCGAGACUUUGUAUUACUUGUGAUAACGCCCAGUAUGGGUGUACCCGCGUGCUAAAACUGGAUGCUCUAACCGCACAUUUAGAAGAAUGCGAACACAACCCCAAAAGACCACUACCUUGCGAACAGGGUUGUGGUCUUAUCAUCCCCAAGGACGAACUAAAGGAUCAUAAUUGCGUCAAAGAAUUACGAGCAUUGAUACAUACACAACAACAAAAAUUAAAUGAAUUUCAACAGGAGAUUACCGAACAGAGAUUUUUAUUGGCUGAGCAGAGAAGAGAGAUGCAGUUGCUUAAAGAUUUUAUGCGAGCAAUGAGGAUCUCGAAUCCCUCAAUGAGGGCAAUUGCUGAUGCUAUGGAGAGAGAUGAAGUACUGCGCUGGAGUAAUUCCUUGCAAAGAGCCAGGGUAACUAGAUGGGGUGGGAUGAUCUCAACGCCAGAUGAAAUUUUACAAAGAAUGAUUAAAAGGACGUUAAACGAAAUGGGUUGUCCGCCGCACAUUCUCGACGAUCUCAUGGAGAACUGCCACGAACGCAGAUGGCCCCCAGGGCUGUGUUCGUUAGAGACUCGACAAAACAACCGCCGACAAUACGAAAACUAUGUUUGUAAGAGGGUGCCUGGCAAACAGGCCGUUCUGGUGCUAUCCUGCGAUAACGGACACAUGGGCGAGGACAUGAUGGUUGAGCCGGGCUUGGUCAUGAUUUUCGCGCACGGAAUCGAGUAAAUUCGUUCUUUGUGAAUUGCGAGGAAGUAAGUUGUAAUAUAGGUCUGGGUGUGUGAUUUUAUGAGUACUUACAAACAAAUUUAAGUUAUUAAGAUUAAGUAUGAUUUUGGGCUCUGAGCAGAAUUGUAUGUUACUGCGGAGGAUAAAAUUAGUAAUAUGGUUGAUAGCUCCGGUGCAAAUUAUGAAGGUGAGAAUCUAGGAAGAUUUGGGUAAGUUUGACAUAAAAAUCACUCUAAAAAAAACUUAUCCCUUUAGUGGCAUACACUUCAGAAUAAUAAACUAUAACAAGCUUUAAUACAGCUACCGAGGAUACACUAGUCCUGUUUUGUAAAACAGAUCACUUAUCACUUAGUUGUUUUUGAGUUGUUUUUUAAAUAAACUAAUUUUUGGAGUCAAAAAUAUUUAUUUGUCUUGGCAGGCUAUGAGCACUCCGGGCCAAUAGUGUGGUCGUUUCAUUGAUAUCAUAAUUAGUAUGGUGAAAUAGAACUGAA